AUGCGUCCUGGUCAAGUUUUUGUUGUUUAUCGUUCAGCAGCUCUUUCUUUGGCAAAAUCAAAUAUGCGUCGACGACAAGCUAAAGAUUCACCUGUAAUUGAUAAUCAACGAAUAUGUACGAAAGUAAAUUGUUUGCGAUGUUGCAAAAAAUUUACAGCAUUUAUGUUUUCACGUGUUGGUUUAUUUUUCGUUAUGAUGGGUUAUGUUGCUCUUGGUGGUGUACUUUUUCAAUUACUUGAAGCUGGAAAUGAACGUAAUAUGCGUCUUGAAAUGGAAAGUAAACUUAAUUUAACACUUGGCAAAUUAUGGAAUGAAACUUUACGUGUUAAUUCAUUUCCAAAAACUGAUAAAAAAGGAAAUUUUAGUCUCUAUGCAUCACGUGAACUUGAAUUAUUUGAAGAUACAGUUAUAAAACAAGUACAACAAGGUUUUGAUGGACGAACAGCUGAUUCUGAUCAUGAUUGGAACUAUUUUGGAGCUGUUCUUUAUGCUGUCACACUUGUUUCAACAAUUGGCUAUGGUCAUAUAACAACAAAGACAGCUGAAGGAAAAAUAGCAACAAUACUUUAUAGUGCUUUUGGUGUACCAUUGAUGAUGCUUUUCGUUGCUAAUAUUGGUUCAACUAUGGCGAAAAUGUUUUCAUUUGUAUUUACACGUAUGACAAUGAUACUUUGUUGUCGAAUGAGUAAUAAGAAAAAACGUGCAUCACUUUUAAAGAAUCGACAAAUGUUAUUUGAAAAACCUAAUCAAUUACCAAUUUCGAUAACUAAUAAUGAAAUAAAAGAAGUUAUAACAACAAAUUCAAAUUUUGAAGAAAAAAUGAAAGAAUCAGUUUUAUCGAAACCUCUAUCAACAACAAGUGCAACAACAGAUGAUAUUGUUUCAACUGAUUUACGACAAUUAUCACCGGAUAUGCGUUUGAAUAUACUUACAGGAAUGACAAAUUUAAAUUCAACACGUUCUUUAACAACAUCAGUAAAUUCUAUUGGAGGAAAACCUAAAGAUGCUCUUAAUCGUAUCAAUGAACUUAUUCGACAAAAUUCUGUUCAGGAUAUUGAAGAAACCAGUGGCAUUGAUCAUAUUAAUGAACCAAAUCCACAACAGUCUGUUGAUCUUAAUCAAAUUCAAUAUUAUAUAAAUGAAACAAAUAAAUUAACAAACAAUCUUGAUAGUCCUGUACAAGAAAAGUCGAUAACACCGGUCGAGAAAGUCGAAGAUGAUAUGAAACAAGUUGUCAUAGAUGAAGAUGUUUCUAAUACUCCCGGUACUGAUAAUGAUAAGAAAACAAAAAAGACUUCGAAAAAGAAUUUACAACGUUCAAAAUCUGAAGCAACACAUAAUCGUCAAUCACCAGGAAGUGAUAAUGAACCAUCGAAUACAGCAGGGAAACCUGCACGUCGACGUUUUUUUUCACGUAAAAAUGAUAAAUUAAAAAAACAGAUGACUGUUGAUGAUGGAACUAAUGAAAAUUUAUUACGACAACAAGUAGAUUCUGUUCAAGUUCAUCAAGUAAAUGAACAGUUACCUCGUACAUUACCACCUCCACCGAAUUAUGAACAGUCAACAAUAAAUGAUAUAACUCCAUUACCACCAACUGUAACAUGGAAAGAUGAACAUCAAUUUUAUCCAACAGUCGAUUUAACAAAUUCUAAUUUUGAAGAUGAUGAAGAUUUUGAUGAUGAUGAAGAAAUGGCUGUUCCUUUGCUUGUUACUGUUUUUGUCAUUCCGCUUUAUUUAACACUUGGCGCUAUAUUAUUUAAUAUUUGGGAAAAUUGGGGUUUUCUUAAUUCAUUUUAUUUUUGUUUUAUAACAAUAACAACAAUUGGUUUUGGAGAUUUUGUACCUGGAGCAUCAUUAAAAGUUGAAGCUGAAAAAGAAAAACUGAUUUCUGCGGCUGUAUAUAUUUUAUUUGGUCUCGUACUUAUUGCAAUGUGUGUUAAUCUAAUGAAAGAACAAUUAAGUCAAAAAGUAAAACGAGUUGCUAGCAAAUUGGGCAGUUUUUAA